AUGGACCACCACUACUACAGCUGGAACCGGAGCGCGGUGGGCCUGGGUGUCCACGGCACCGGGGACGCCGCGGUGAUGGCUCUGUACCUGGUGCUGGUCCUGGGCAUCGGCCUAUGGAUCGGCACUUCUCUCUUUUCUGCAAACAUCGGCAGUGGCCACUUGAUGGGCCUGGCCGGGGAAGGCGCAUCUUCAGGAAUUGUUGCUGGGGCCUUUGAAUGGAACACAAUAUUUAUGCUUUUUAUUCUUGGUUGGAUAUUUGUUCCCAUUUAUGCUAAGGCUGGGGUGGUGACGUUGCCGGAGUAUGUGCUGAAAAGGUUUGGCAGCGUCCGGAUGCAGCGGCUUCUCUCUGUCAUGUUUUUAUUCGUCUUCUUCUUCAGCAGGAUCUCACUGGACAUUUGCUUUGGCGCCAUGUUCUUUAAAAUUGUUUGGGACAUAGAUAUUUACCAGAUGACGCUGGUUGUGCUGAUAGUUGCUGCGGUUUAUACCAUCACAGGGGGUCUGGUGGCAGUGGCUUACGUGGAGGCCUUCCAAGCUGGUAUUUUGGUUUUAGGAUCAGCCGUGUUAACAGGUUACGCCUUUGGUAAAGUGGGCGGAUACCAGGAGCUGAAGCUCAAGUAUUUCAAAGCCAUCCCACAGCUGACGAGCAAAGAGAACUGGACGGCCAGGGCCGAGUGCUACCUGCCUCGAGGCGAUGCUUUCCACCUCUUCCGGGACCCCGUCUCUGGGGACGUCCCCUGGCCGGGCCUCGUCUUUGGGGCCACGUUUGUGUCCUUGUUCUACGGGUGUGCUGACCAGGUUUCUGUGCAGCGGUGUCUGGCGGGGAAGAGCUUGCUGCACGCGAAGGGGGGCUGCCUCUUAUGCGGCUGCCUGAAGCUGCUGCCCAUGUUCAUCAUGGUGAUGCCAGGCAUGGCCAGCCGUGCCUUGUUCCCAGAUCAGGUGGCAUGUGUGGUGCCUUCAGAAUGUGAAAAGUACUGCAACACCCGGACCGGUUGCAGCCCUCUGGCUUACCCGAUGCUGGUGAUAGCCCUGAUGCCUUCCGGCCUACAAGGCUUUAUGCUGUCUGUGCUGUGUGCCGCCGUGAUGUCCUCCCUCACUUCCGUUUUGAACAGUUCCAGCGCUAUCUUUACAAUGAACAUUUACCCCUGGAUGCGGCCUGUGGCCACGGAAAAGGAGCUCAUGGUGGCAGGAAGGUUUUUUGUUAUAAUCUUACUUGCGCUCACCAUUGUCUGGGUCCCCAUCAUGGAUGUGGCUCACAGUGACCAGCUGUUUAAGUACAUGCAGGUCAUGAGGAGCAGCCUGACCACACCUAUUUCUGCUGUCUUUCUGCUCGCUGUGUUUUGUAAGAGAGUCAAUGAGAAGGGUGCCUUUUGGGGGAUGAUUUUCGGGAUUGUGAUUGGUCUCAUUCGAUUGCUGGCUGAGCUUCUCUACGGACCCUGGACUUGCGAGGGGCGCAGCAGGUGCCCCGCGAUCAUCUGCGGCCUGCACUACCUCUACUUUAGCAUGCUUCUCCUCCCGGUGAGCGCUCUCGCCAUCCUGGCCAUCUCCUUAGCCACGGACGCCUUGCCGGAUGAGCACCUCCAUGGUCUCUGCUGGAGUUUACGCAACAGCCGAGAGCCGAGGGUGUGCCUGGGGCCCGAGGUGGAGUGGAAGUCACUCUCCAAGCUCAGAAUCCAGCCAGAUAAGGUUGUGGAGGCUCCGACCUGCCUCUGGAAAUCCUGGGAUUGGUUCUGUGGCCUUGAUCCGCGGCCAGGCUCUAAGUUGAUCCCUGAAAAUGUCACCGAGAUGAAGACGCAGGCGAACAUGAGACAGAUGCAAAACAGUGGCACUCUGGGAAAUAGGAAGGUCCUGAUUUGGGGGCAGAAAGCAAGAAACAUGGAGGUGGACAAGAAGACACAGGGUGACAUGCUGGAAAGCCCCUUUUGGCGGAGAGUUGUGAACAUUAGCAGUGUCUUGCUGUUUGCGCUUGUGGUCGCCGGCCACAUCUACUAUGCCUGA